GGAAACUAGCGUGGAGCCGUGUACACGGAAAGGGGGUGUGUGAGGAUACUGGCAGCGUUUCAUGCAGCUCCAGUGGACACCUAAAGCGGGACUCACUGGUCUGUGUGUGUGUGUGUGUGUGUGUAAAGAGAGCUAACACACACUAUCACACACCUUAACAUUUGGACACAACAUGGCGAUGAGGCGCCGAGAGACACGACGACUCUUCCCCGACUAACAACCACGUUAUGUUUAUAGUUGUAGCGGUCAUAUAAAGCACACACUGCUUUACCCCGCUGCUGGAAAUCAAGCGCUCUACAUGGCGGUGGAGAAUAUAUGGUUCUUCUAUCUACUUUCUCUGGGUUACUGUGGAUUAUCCGUGCAAGAGAAGCCCACAUCCGUGGAGCUGAGCUGCGGUGCUGGUCCUGUCCAUGUGGUUCUGGAGCCUGAUCACCCUCUGCUGCUGGAAUGCCAUCUGGGGGCCAGUGAGCCCCCCCUCAACGUGACCUGGCUGCGGGAUGGGGUGGUUCUCUCAGAAAGCCAGACUAUCCGGCCUUUGCCGAACGGAUCUCUGCUCAUCUCGCCCUCUUCCACGGAUGGCCAGGCUCCAGCGGGAGUGGAGGGUGGAUACAGCUGCCUCAGUACCAGCUCGACAGGAGCCCUGACCAGCCGGGCGAUCACCCUGCAUCUCGCCAGCUUGUCCCGUUUUCUUCAGGAUCCUGAACCUCAGGUUGUGCCGGUAGGUGGCACUGCCCGGUUUGAGUGCUAUGUAGAUGGCUUGCCCACCCCAAGUAUCACUUGGGAGAAGGACCAGGCGCCCCUGACUUCACCCACAGAACCUCUAGAACCAUCCAGGUACAUAUCUCUUCCCAAUGGGGUGCUGCAGAUUUUAGGGGUCACUAAAGAAGAUGACGGCUUGUACCGUUGCAUGGCCUUCAACUCUGCCCGCAAGCGCUUCAGCCAAGAGGCUUCGCUCACAGUUAGCCCAGGUCUGUCUCAGGAGAGUGAGGUUGUGAUUGUGGCUCCACCGCGGAACUCAACGGUGGUCAUGGGUCGUCCGGCUGUGAUGGAGUGCAUGGCUCAGGGUGAACCCAAACCUUUCGUAUCUUGGAGCAGACAGGAUGGGAAGCCUAUAGCUACAGAUGUGGUUGUCUUGGCAACCAACCUAGUGAUUCCUGACACCCGCAGUCACCAUGCUGGAGUGUAUGUGUGUCGUGCCAACAAACCCAAGACCAGAGAUUUCGUCUCAUCUCCCGCUGAACUCCGAGUUCUGGCUCCACCAGUGAUUCUCCAGCCCCCAGAGCCGGUGUCCCUGUCCCGGGGUAAUACGGCUCGGUUUGUGUGUAAUAGUUCGGGUGACCCUCCACCUGCUCUGCGCUGGCUGAAGAAUGGAGAACCGGUCCAGUCUAAUGCCCGGGUUAAGACUCAGAGUCCUGGAGUUCUGCUCAUUAACCAGCUGCGGCUGGACGAUGCGGGAUACUACCAGUGUAUUGCUGCCAACAGCCUGGGCACCGCCUGUGCCACUGCCAAACUGUCUGUCAUCGUGAGGGAGGGUCUGCCUAGCCCUCCUCGUCAUGUGUUGGCCAUACCCCACUCUAGCACUUCUGCCCUGCUCACCUGGGACCCACCUGAACAUAACAGUGACCAGAUCAUUGGCUUUUCAGUACACUACCAACGUACAACAGGCUCAGACAACAUGGAGUAUCAGUUUGCAGUGAAUAACGACACAACAGAGAUGCACGUAAAGGAGCUGCUUCCUCACUCAGCCUACACCUUCUAUGUAGUGGCCUACUCGCCCAUGGGUGCCAGCCGCCCAUCACAGCCCGUUACAGUGGAGACGCUAGAGGACGUUCCCAGCGCUUCUCCACAGCUGUCCCUGCUGAGCACAUCACCCACUGACAUCAGAGCCAUGUGGCUGCCUCUGUCCCCACAGCUGAGCCGCGGAGCCAUCACACGCUACCGCAUUGACUACAGAGCACUGGAGCAGGUGGAUCACAUAUACUCUGUGGAAGUGGGUGGGAAUGAGACGCAGGUGACUCUAAGGGAUCUGAAACCAAAUCAAACGUACCAGCUCCGGAUUGCGGCGGGAACGCGAGCUGGGUUCAGUCAGUCUUCUGAUUGGGCCUCGCACCACACACCAAACCUUACUCAGGUGCUCUUUGCUCCCACUGAGCUCAAAGUGAGAGCCAAAAUGCAUUCCCUCCAUGUCACAUGGCAGCCACCACCCAAUCAUACUCAGAUCACUGGUUAUAAGCUUUCCUGGCUGGAAUUGGAUGGAGAGGAACUGCCCAAUGAGGAGAAGCCUAUGAUCAAUGAGAGGAUUCAACAGAUCAAACUGAGGAAGAGAUUUAAACACCAUGAGGUCACAGGCCUUGCUCCUGAUCAGCUGUACGAGGUGAAAGUUUGGCCGUUUAAUAAACAGACUGAGGGUUAUCCUGCUGUCUGGAAGGGCAGAACAGAGAAGCUCACACGAGUGCGGACAACAGACUCUCUCCCUCCACUGCCACCCAUCAGCGUCAGAGCUCGUGCAAACAGUUCCACCUCUAUCUGGCUCCGCUGGGAGAAACCGCACUUUAGCAAUGUGCGAAUCAUCAACUACACUAUACGCUGCAGCCCCGCAGGAAUACGCAAUGCAUCGCUGGUCUCAUACUAUACCAGCUCUUCUCAGGAGAUUUUACUGGAGUCACUAAAGCCCUUCACCAGCUAUGAAAUAGCUGUGCAGUCUAAUGGAGUUGAUAUCAGUGGCCCUUUCAGCAGCACAGUGGAAGAGUCCACACUUCCAGACAGACCCUCCUCUCCCCCUCUGGAUAUGCAGUUGAGUGCGCUGGACUCAAACUCUGUUUUGGUGAGCUGGCACCCUCCACUGGAGCCAAAUGGUGUCAUUUUGACCUACUGGAUCCUCUACACUGGCAACAUCAGCCAUCCAGAUCACAUGUGGAUAAACCUCACACGUGAUGGUUCUGUUACCAGUGCAGAGGUCCAAGGCCUGAUGAGUGGGAUACAUUAUUAUUUUAAGAUAGGGGCUUGCACUGAAGUUGGGGUGGGACCAUAUUCACCUAUGAAGGAUGUCUAUACUCCACCAAAGAAAUAUGAGCUGGAUAUCCAUGCUGUGACUGGUAUCAUAGUUGGAGUGUGUCUUGGUCUUCUCUGCAUCCUGCUCUGCAUGUGUGUCAGUUUCCGCAAUGGAAAAGCACGAGAUGUGUCUGGUGGACUUGACUCGAGUUCUCUGAGUCCUCAGUACAGGAAGGGUGCCCGUCCAGUGCCCACUACUGCGCCUGACUGCAGUGACUGCCAUGAGCUGGAAACCCUCAUGCCCUCUAGUGCACAAGACCCCAACAAACCCCUCACAGACCUCACUGAGGAACAGAGUCUCAUGGCUACUGUAGGUGGCACUGAUGAUGCCCCUGCUGAAUCUAAGCCAGCCUGGAAUGGAUCUGUUAGUCGGAACUGGGCCAACAGGAUCACCAGAUACAGAGAUACUAUACCUGAAGAUUCUUCUGCUCUCAUCAAUGGAGCGCUUGAAGGACCACCGUUAGACAACAGUAAGAGCGGGCAUGUGGAGAGGCUGUAUUCCCUCAGCAAGAACCAGGUGGAGGCUGAAGUCAUCGUACAUUCACAGCUGUCGAACACGGCGGUUGACCAGGGUCCACAAAGCGACAUGGAGCUCUCUCUCGAGUCUCCAUCUUCCAACCACCCUUCUCCUGGAGAGAAGGCAACUCCAACAAACCCGCAUCCACCUUAUGCCCACAGCGAGGACAACCAUGAGACUCAAUCUCCAUCUCAGACCCCCAGCACUCACAUCUCAGAAGUACUGUCCAAUCAUAAUGGACCAUUUGAAAGUGGUCACAGCCAGCCGACAAUGGGCGGUGCCAAAAAUCAAGGAGUGGGGCUUACCAAUGGCUUCCACUCGUCCAAACCACUUCAUUCAAAGGCAGAGACCCUGGAAAACGGGACCCACCGACUGUGCCCAACAGGAAAGGUUCUGCCCUCACCAGGUCUCCCCGCCUCCCCCUCAUCCUUCGUCAGCUCUGGCCUUGUCCAAUCUACCUCAGGGGCGCAAAACUACAUGUACCCCUAAGCUGGAAGGAAGAAAAGCGUAACAAACGGUGUUCCCAAAGUUCUGGGACAGGGAAAGACAACAGAGGAGACCAACGAGUGGCACCUUCCUGCUGGAGAAGUUGAUAUUUUCUCGUAGCCACGCACGCCUCUUCUCUUGGCUGUUUUAUUGUAACCUUUUGGUUUCAUUAUUUUAUAUGUAUGUACAUAUAGAAUAUUUUUUUAGCACUAGAAUCCAUAGAUAUGCAUUUUAGGGCAUAUCAGUGGCACACUUUAACCCCUCUUUGUGUGCAUGUAUGGAAUGUGCUGAAGUGGUUUAUAUGUUUACAUGCACACGUGAAGUCAAGAGUGUUCUUACUUAGAGGUGAAGUCGAAGGAUCCUGAAAUAAGCCCUACAUGAGGAAACAGAAUUCAUUCACGGGAAGAACAUCACGGAUCGGUCUGAGAUCAGUGCCAAAUGGUGGACAUCUUGUCAGAGCAAAUAACCCUGCCACAAAGUACCACCUCCUGCUGUCUCAGGUUCACUACACAUAAAAUACACAAACACACACAGAUCUGUGCUUAAAACAGUUGUUGCAGAAAAUUAGCAUUUUUAAGUUCCAUCUAUUUCAGUUUUUAAAGGGAUAGUUCGCCCAUAAAUGCAAAUUUUGUCAUUUACUCACCCGCACGUUGCUCCAAACCUUUGCAUGGACAAAAAUAUUUGUUUUCUGCAGAAGAAAGAAAAUCCUACAGGUGUAGAAGAACUUGAGGGUGAGUAAAUGAUGGAACUGUCUCUUUAACUUACACUUUCGCAUGCAUACACGUGCAAACAAACUCGAAUACAAAGCAAAUAAAUAAAAACACACAUUCCCUGACUGGAGCAUAGUGUCUCAGGAGUCUCAAAUUCAAAGUGCAUUUGUACAUACAUAAUUGCUGUAUCAAAUACAUGUAGAAAAACAUGACAAAAAAGCAGAAAAAAAAUAUUAAGGAAACCAACACAAAAGGAACACUAAGAUUCCAUGUAAAUUUUCUUCAUUUUUUCAACUCUCUGAGUGUACUUGUAAAGACACAUCACUGAUUCAUGCUCCAAGUUUUUCUCAGUCAACAGCACUACCUCAUUUCUUUACAGGAUUGUUUUUUUUCUCUGUGUGAUUUUAUGAGUAUAGUUAAGAAGCCAACUUCUUAUGGGCGGAUUUUGGGCCGUCUGAUUCAUAGCAUUUGGAUAAUAGCAGAAUCUACUGCCCUUCUAACUCUCUAUCUAUGUUUUCUUGUGUAACGAUUACUGAAACUUUCGUCUCUGAUUAUUAGCCUUUGUGCAAGCAUGUGGUCAUCUGCUUGUGUUGUCCUUUGCUAUGGAAAACAAAACUUGAUCAUCACAACAGUUCUCUAAUAUACUCUUCAGAUGAAGGGAUAAAAACACUUC